AUGUUUACAAGAAUCCCUGUUGCGAGCAACUACGUACUUACUUUAAUUUCGCUUUUAAUUAAAGUUUUAGACUGGGGUAAACUCUGUGUCUUAUAUUCUAAAGAUACAUCAAAUAAAUCAGCAUAUGCCGCACUUAUAGAAAAUAUCAAGGAAUUUGGCUUAGAAAUUCUAAACGCUGAAAGUUUGAGGGGCAUCCCUGAUAAUCUAAACAGAACCACUAUCAAGCAUUAUACCAGCUCAUUUCAAGCAGUCAUUGAUACACAAGCAAGGGUUUUGGUUUUAUUAUUUAUGCUUCCUGAAAUAUAUUACGCUCUUGAAGAGCUGUAUGAUUUAGGCCUGAGAAAAGGUGAUCUCGUAAUUUUUGUUACAGGCCCAUUGUUUCUUACAAUGACACAGUACGAUUUUAUAUAUACUUGUAAGCUUGAAGAAACAGAAGUUCAGAUGAUCGCUAUUUCUGGACAAAGCUGGGUUGGAAAAGUUGGACAAUUUGCUUACUCAAAAAUAGAAUCUCUUUAUGGUGCUGCCCCUUAUCAAUAUGCUUGUAAUUACUAUGAUGCAGCUUAUUAUAUAGCAGUUGCGUUGGAUUAUAUGAUAAAUCAAGGACUUGAUUAUUAUGAUCCUUAUCAGCUAAAUUUGACUCUGAGAGCUCAGAGAUUUACUGGAUGCACAGGAAAGUUUUCGGUUGAUAAAGACAGCAAUAAUAGGAUUAUGGAAAAUUUUGACAUUAGCGUUAAUAAAAUAGACGUAACUUCUGGUAAUGUGACUGCUUAUAAAGCAGGAGAAUUUCACCCUUAUAGCAGCAUAAUGCUAACUAUUGAUGUGCCGAUUCUUUAUGGAGAUGGGUCUACUAUAAAGCCGGAAGAAUUAACUCGGUAUGAAUAA